UAUCUUCCCGCUUCCCUCUCUCUCUAGAGGGAAAACUAAAUUUAGAGAGAGAAACAAAACACAGAGAAUUGAAGAUGUCGGCCUUCGUUGGAAAGUAUGCUGAGGAGCUUAUGAAGAUUGCCCAGUACAUUGUCUCCCCUGGCAAGGGCAUCCUUGCCGCUGACGAGAGCACUGGAACCAUUGGGAAGCGUCUUGCAAGCAUCAACGUCGAGAACGUUGAGUCCAACCGCCGUGCCCUCCGUGAACUCCUCUUCACCUCCCCUGGAGCUCUCUCCUACCUCUCGGGGGUCAUCCUUUUCGAGGAGACCCUCUACCAGUCCACCUCCUCAGGCCAGCCAUUUGUUGAUGUCCUAAAUGACAAUGGCGUCAUUCCUGGAAUCAAGGUCGACAAAGGUGUUGUCGAACUUGCAGGCACUGACUCUGAGACCACUGCCCAAGGUCUCGAUGGCCUUGGGGCCAGGUGCCAACAAUACUACAAGGCUGGGGUUCGGUUCGCCAAGUGGCGAGCAGUCCUCAAGAUCGGGUCCACUGAGCCCUCCCAGCUGUCAAUUGAUCAAAAUGCCCAUGGCCUUGCUCGCUAUGCUAUAAUCUGUCAGGAGAAUGGGUUGGUGCCCAUUGUCGAGCCUGAGGUUCUCACUGAUGGGGCUCAUGACAUUAAGAAGUGCGCAGAGGUGACUGAGAGGGUAUUGGCUGCCGUGUACAAGGCACUAAAUGAUCAUCAUGUCCUUUUGGAGGGUACCCUUUUGAAGCCCAACAUGGUGACCCCAGGCUCUGAUGGACCUAAGGUUGGGCCAGAGGUUAUUGCGGAGCAUACUGUGACUGCGCUGAGGAGGACUGUGCCAGCAGCCGUCCCAGGGAUCGUGUUUUUGUCAGGUGGGCAAAGCGAGGAGGAGGCCACAUUGAACCUCAAUGCCAUGAACAAGUUGGAGGUUCUGAAGCCUUGGAACCUGUCAUUCUCAUUUGGCAGGGCUCUUCAGCAGAGCACUCUCAAGGCAUGGGCUGGAAAGAAUGAGAAUGUGGAGGCAGCUCAAGGGACAUUUUUGGCUAGGUGCAAAGCAAAUUCCGAGGCUACCUUUGGUAAAUAUGUGGGGAGUGGGGCUGGUGGGGCCGCCUCGGAGAGCCUCUAUGUGAAGGGAUACAAGUACUGAAAAUAAGAGGCAAUGGAUAAUGGUGUAAUGAGCAGGCAGAGGUUUAGAGGAACACUUUGAACCGGAAAUGGCAAAUAGAUUCCAAUGUCUAUUGAACUUGAAAUGGCAAAUGGAUUCCAAUGUCUGUUCUGUUUUUUAUCUUCAUGUUUACGACUUAAUUAACCAGUGUGUUAAUCGGGCUCCAACUCCCAAGCCUCCUUGGUUGGACUCGGGGAUUCCAAAUCA